CAUUGCUGAACAGUCUUUCUCACAUACUGAAGCACAAGGAGGAUUCUUGCCAGCAGAGCUAUCAGUCUAUACAUCUAUCGCAGCAAGAUGCUGGGCCGCCACAGGAAGCUAAACCUCGGGGCGCUAUGGAGCGAAGAACGACCAGAGGGUUGUGUACUGCUGGGAAGUACUGCUGUUUAUCGGAGUCUCAUGGAUCCUUCAUCCAGUUGCAGCAUCUCUAGAGAUUCCCUCUAUCCCAAGUCGUCAGCUAAUCAAGAGGAAAAUGGUGAAUACACUGGGAUACGUAAUCGUUUAGAGAAAUCAGAAUCAGAAGAUUCAGGGGUGGAGCUGCCACCACCUUCCCCAUAUGGAUCGGAGAGCAGCUAUAAUCCGGAUGAAUUUGGAAGUGUAGAGAGCUCUACCUCUGAGGAUCAUGAGAGUUUGGAAAACCCCACCCCUGAGGAGUCUCAGGACCUGAAAAUCCCUCCCUUAGGACAACCAGAUCAUUUUCAACAUUCUCAAGAAGCAGCUUCAGUGGAAAACCCUUCUUCAGAAAGCCCCAACAGCUUUAUUAUGCAUUCACCUAGGGAUCUACACAGAUUGGAAUAUUGUAUGAACAAACAGCCUAAUAAUAAAGUUUCAAGCGUGCCCCAUAAACUGGAACAGGCAAUUCUCCGAAGCAGGAAACAGAGGAGCAGUAGCCGGGAGGCCAUCCAAAAUAGAGCAGCAAGAUGUACCAGGCAGUAUCCGGGCUCACUAAAAGAACAGCGUAGAGGGAAAUCUGUUGGCUAUGAAGAAAGAAGCCCAUGUCGAUACAGUCUAGAAAAUGAGGAGCAGGACGCACUAAACCUUCCAGGUGAUGGUCUUCGGUAUCUGGAAAAUCUUUGUCACAUGCUGGAGCAAAUCGCAGAAUUGCAGCAAAGGAAUCAGAAGCUUCAACAUCAGAAGAGAACCCUGGAGGAGAGACUGCAGAGCAAGGUGCUGUUUCUGGACUCAUGUGUGUGUGGUAGCUCCCAGGACUCCAGAGACUUGGAACCAGACAGAACAGAUAACCCCCCUGCCCAUGGGGCAACCUGGCAACCACAACACUACAGGAAGAGGUCCAGCUCCCAUGUCGGGUUCAUGCUCAGUUUGGACAGACAACUAGAGACUAAACUGAAAGAAACCAACAAAAUGGAUCCACAAUAUGUGAGCGUACCAAACCUACAGGAAACGCAAAGACAAAGAACAAAUCAGAACUACAAAGCAGAAUCAUCACAGUGGUUUAAAGUGAAGGAUUUACUCUCUAAACUUGCCGGGAAGAAUUCACCACCAGCACCGUCUCGCGGGACCCAAAGCAACUUCAGAACGCGGACAGUUGUAGACGGAACACCUCAACACCCCAAAAGACUUUUCCUGCCUGGCCUGGUGAUUAAACCACGCAACCAUGGCCGCCAGUUUCAUUGAAGACUUUUCUGUAGAGGAAGACUCAUGUACUGAAAUGAAAGGACUUGCUUUCGGUAAUAGAUUCCCUCGGAGGGACUCACCAGUAUCUGGGAAGAUGAAUAAUGGCACUGAAAUUCUGCCAGGGAAAUCACCUCGCCUCCUUACUCACCCGUCAUGCUAUCUGUGGUAUGAAAGGAAUGCUCUGUGGGAAAAGCCAUUCUGACGGAAUGGAAGGACUAAUGAGGUCACAAUGUGGAGGAGUCGAUGAUCUCUGAUUAGGAGAACUGCCAGCCAGCACAAUGCGUGCAUUUUAUAUUUAUACUCAAAGCUCUGUUUGUAUAUAUGUAUUUAAUUAAUGUGAUAUAAUUGUGGAGUAAAACUCUUGCUAUUCUUUUCACUAAUAUAAUUUAUUGGUAUGUUUAUUCCAAGUGCAGGAAGGCAAUAAAAGUCUUUAUAAAAAAGACCUGAAA